AUGCAUCAACUCUCCAUAUUUAGUUCGUUGAUCAUAGGAGUAAGAAUGUCUCGAGCUGACUACCUCUCAAAAUAUCUAAGCAAGGAUGACAAAAAGAAGAAGAAGAAGCUGAAAGAUAAAAAACCAACAAAUGUUGUUGUAGAAAAAAAUUUGCUAGAUAUGGGCGAUUUCAAUGAUGAAGCUGAAGAGACCCCAGUACCGGUGAUACUAGGAGCAGGACCUAAAGAAUACAAAGGUUUCAAAAGAAUAGAUAAUGGCGAUCAGGUAUCACCAGAAACACAACUAGUUACAGCACAAGACUCGAUUCCUCAACAGGAAACAGUUUAUAGAGACAAAUCGGGGAAUAUCGUAGACAUCGAAACGAAAAGAAAGCAAAUGCAGCAUGAAAAAGAACAGGAGCAGAUACGAAAACGCCAAUUAGAACAGAGUAUAAACCAAGGUGACUUACAGAAAAUUGAGGAUGCUGAGGUUGCGGCUAAGUUAGAUCAAAAUAAAUCAUUCCUGGUAUCGACGAGGGACUCGGAGUAUAAUGAACUCAUGAAGUCGAAACAACGAUUCGACGACCCCUUGCAGUCAUUUUCGAGUCAGAAACAAACGGUUGCCACUUCGAAAACUGGCAAAAUGUACUACAAUAAAGGUGUGUCUCCUCAAAAUCGAUUCAACAUAAGAGCAGGCUUUUUCUGGGACGGAAUCGACAGAUCCAACGGGUUCGAAGACCUAAUCGUCCGCAAGCGAAACGAAGUGUCGUACACCAAACGCGAGGCAUCAGAAACAUAUGAUUUGGACAUGGACGAUGAUCUCGAUUAG